AUGGCAGCAUUUCCAUUAAACGUUAUCUCCAUGGUUGAAAAUGUUCUUCAUAAGUAUGACGAAAGAUUAGACCAAAGAUUAGACGAAAGAUUAAGCGACAAUCACUUCGCAUCAAGGAAGGCCAAAGAAGCUUCCUUAAGAAGAAAUGAAGCUGCCAAGUGGCUGCGAAAUAUGGUUGGAACGGUUGGUGGUAGGGACUUGCCGGCUGAGCCUUCCGAAGAAGAUUUCAUGGCGGCGUUGCGCAACGGGAUCAUCCUCUGCAGUGCUCUUAACAAAAUCCAACCUGGUGCCAUACCCAAGGUGGUUGAAGCCCCCAGUGAUGCUGAUGUUCUUCCUGAUGGGAAAGCACUAUCUGUGUAUCAGUACUUUGAAAAUGUGAGGAACUUUCUUGUUGCUCUUGAGAGAUUGGGGCUUCCCACUUUUGAAACUUCUGAUUUGGAACAGGGAGGGAUAUCUUCUAGGGUAGUAAAUUGUAUUCUAGCACUCAAGUCAUAUAAUGAAGGGAAAUUGAUAACCAAUGGUUUGUGGAGAUAUGGUGGGAAUGCAAGAGCUUCUAAUCUUAUUAAACCAGUUAUGAGUAAGGACCCAGAACCACUCAAGGAGUCUUUCUCAAGUGCCAAUAGUGAUCCUAGCCACGAGCACUGCGAAGAGGAUCCCAUGUCUUCCUUGAAUACACUAGUUCAUGAAUUCUUUCGCGAUAAGAAGCAAGAAGAUAUUCCGGCGUUGAUUGAGUCCUUUCUUGGCAAAGUCAUGGAGGAGUUUCAAAAUCGCAUGCUAAUCCAACAAAAAACGGAGUUGAAAAGUAUGGUAUAUCAAACAAAAACAGGAAUGGAAUUUCUGCAAAAGAAACACCAGGAAGAGAUAAUUCAUCUAGGUAAGCAGCUGCAUAGCAUAGCUUCUGCUGCUUCAGGAUAUCAGCGAAUUCUUGAAGAAAACCGCAAGCUAUACAAUCAAGUGCAAGACCUAAAAGGAAAUAUCAGGGUAUACUGCAGAGUUAGGCCUUGCCAUCAUAAUCAAACCAGUGUGGGUAACAUAGAUGAAUGUAGCAUCUCACUCAUAAUACCUUCCAAGAAUGGGAAAGAUGGGAAGAAGACAUUUACUUUCAAUAGAUGUUUCGGUCCUAAUGUGACUCAAGCGGAGGUUUUUGCCGAUACUCAACCUCUGAUACGUUCAGUUCUGGAUGGCUACAAUGUCUGCAUAUUCGCCUACGGUCAGACAGGUUCAGGAAAAACACACACAAUGUCUGGACCAAACAAUCCCACUGAAGAAACAGUAGGUGUUAACUACCGGGCACUUCGAGAUCUUUUCCUUAUCUCAGAACAAAGGAAAGACACCAUUCACUAUGACAUCAGAGUUCAAAUGCUUGAGAUCUAUAAUGAGACAGUUAGAGACCUCCUAUCAACAGAUGAAAUCCGUAACAGUUCUCUGAAUGGAAUUAACGUGCCAGAUGCAAAUCUUGUUCCGGUUCAAUCGACUGCAGAUGUCUUAAGUCUAAUGGACCUGGGAUUUAAGAAUCGCGCUGUUAGUGCUACUGCGAUGAAUGAUCGCAGUAGUCGUUCUCACAGCUGCCUUACAGUUCAUGUUCAUGGAAAGGACCUUACCUCCGGAAAAACAAUUCGUGGUUCUAUUCAUUUAGUUGACCUGGCUGGAAGUGAAAGGGUUGAUAAAUCUGAGGUCACAGGAGACAGACUGAAGGAGGCUCAACAUAUCAACAAGUCACUUGCUGCUUUGGGAGAUGUUAUAUCUUCUCUUGCCCAAAAGCAACAACAUAUUCCAUACAGGAACAGUAAACUUACUCAGCUACUUCAAGAUUCUCUAGGAGGGCAAGCAAAAACUCUAAUGUUUGUUCAUAUUGCUCCGGAGCAAGAUGCUCUUGUAGAAUCAAUUAGUACGUUGAAGUUCGCCGAAAGGGUAUCCACUAUUGAACUUGGUGCUGCCAAAGUUAACAAAGAUAGUGCAGAUGUGAAAGAGCUUAAAGAACAGAUUGCUAAUUUGAAGGCAGCCUUAGCACAGAAGGAUGAAGAAGCAGAACAGUUUCAACAUCCUCCAAGUAGCAAGUCUGAUUUGUCAGUGUUGAAAUCUCAAUUGUCUUCUACUACAGUUAGUUCUAAGUCCGGAAGUCGCAAGAUACCCAGAGAUGAUUCUGCUAGUAGCUUGGGGGAUCAGAAAAUGGAAUCAUCACUGUCGAAAAGGCGUAGCCUUGAUUGCCAAGACACGUGGACAAAUGGUUCACCAGCAUCAGGCAUGAGCAGGAAUGAGAGCUACAAUAGCAUUGCACAUUCCCCAGUGAUGUUAAGUCCCAGUAUAUAUGACUCUGAAGAGACUGGGUUUACACCUAGUGAGAGUCCAGAUCUGUUAGACAUGAAUUGGCAAGCAAAUGUGUCUAAAACACCACCACCACCAUCAACAGUAACAGGUGGAGCAGUACCUGAUAAAUUAAAGAAAUCAGCAUCAGCACGAGUAGUCAGGAGCAGAGAAACCACCAGACCAACAUUAUCUCCUUCGCCAUCAAGGAAAGCAUCUAGCUUGCCCAAAAAGCCAGUUCCUAUUGAUGCCAAGAGAAGAACUGCCAAGUGACAAUGCUGUUCCAAAGAGAUAAUCCAUUCUUUUCCCUCUACUUUUUGUAUCUAUAAUUUAGUUGUAGAGAGAGAGAAAUGUUCUUUAAGAAAU